GAAUUGUUUUGUUUUGUUAUCAACUUAUCAGCUCAAGGAAAUGCCUUUUUUGUUUUUCCAGCCCAUUUUCCAGGCCAUAAUUGAGUAAAUUAAUAAAUUAGUAGUAAAAAUACACUUCUCAUUUCCGUUCUCUGGAUAAUUCUGUAAAUAUAAAAACUGAAAUAUAAUUCCAAAAGUUACACUAUGAGAUUAUCUAGACCUGCUUCGAGUCAAGUUUCCUGAGUGUUACAUCUUCUCUUUGUAACCUGACAGAAUAUUUGGAAUAUUUUACUUUUUGAAAGUAUUUCAUCUUACGUACAGCAUCUCGAAUAGAAUGGAUUUGACCAAUAAUGAUUCCACUCUGUCUUCGAAAACUUUCCUGAUGAAUAGAAAAAACUCUUUCGUCAAAACGAAUAUCACAAACAUAAGCAGUAUUCCUUUAGAUCCAGCUGUGCUGUUUAGUACUGGCUCGUACAUUCCACCAUGGAUGAAUGGCAUGGAUUCGGAUCCAUUAUCUCCGUUACAUUUUCCCAUCAACAGUGAUGGAAAAGAAGACAUGCUGGAUGAUUUCUCUCGUAACGAAGACGGACUUUUAUCGAUGAAAUACGAAUUUAGUCCCACAUCCGACGAGAUUCUAUCAGAUAACAUGACUUAUAUAUCGAAAGAAGAAGAAUCGCCUACGUUAUCGGACGAAGGCGUCGAUGAAAAACCUCUGAAACUAGAACACGACUCGAACCAAGCUAUAAACCUGAUCAGAGAUCCGCUCAGCACCGAGCGAUUCUAUUGCCAGGUUUGCAGCAAAGGGUAUCCUUCGGCUUCCGCUUUACUCAACCACGAUCGUUAUCAUAAAAAUGCAAAAACCUACGAAUGCGACGUUUGCUUCAAACUAUUCUCUUCAAAUUCGCAUCUAGUUACUCAUAAAAGAACUCAUACCGGAGAACGACCGUUCCAGUGUCCAAUCUGUAACCGAGCGUUUUCCGAUCGGUCUGCGUUCGUUAAACAUGAACGUACCCAUGGACCGAAUGGUAUCGUAGUGAAAAGAUAUAAAUGCGAGAUUUGCUAUAACGAUUUCGUCGACUCGUGCGGACUCAAGAAACAUAUGAGAAUACAUACCGGAGAACGUCCUUACAGAUGUCAAGUCUGCGAUAAAAGUUUCGCCACUAGUUCCACCUUCGUAUCUCAUAAACGAAUUCAUACCGGAGAAAGACCGUACAAGUGUGAGUUCUGCGAUAAAACGUUCAUCACGAAAUCACAUUUAUUAACUCAUCGACGAAUACAUUCGGGUGAAAAACCAUUCACUUGCUCGAUGUGUUCGAGAGCGUUCGCCGAUGGUUCGAGUUUCCGGCGUCAUGAACGUCUACAUACUGGUGAGAAUCGACAUCCUUGUAGUAUUUGUACUAAAAGCUUUCCUACGUUGUCGUCUUUGCAGAAACAUCUGCAUACUCAUCUUUAUUGAGCUGGGUCUCGAUUUAUUAUUGUAUUGUUAUUAUUAUGAUUGUUGACGCUUUAUGAAUUAAUUACGUAAGUUGCUUGAUAUGCUGUAAGUACGUAUACAUUUAUUUAUAUUGCCAACUCUGUCAUCGUUCAUUCCUUCUUCCUGCAGUUGUGUUACGCUUUUUAGUAUUUUUAAGUUUACACGUAUGUAUUUCUCAUUGUCUAGUCAUUGAUCGUUGAACGAGCAGGAAUUAUUUUUAAGCAUUUGUGUGUAAUUUUAUCAACCAUACAUAUUAGUUAUUUUUAUUAAUUAAGGAUUUACCUACGUGUCCAUCUGUCUAGCCCGUAAUUUUUUUCCCACCUGUUUGAAUUUGUUUUAUCGCGUAUGUUAUCAUAAGGUGCAUGCAAUAUUGAUUUCAUUUUUUAAAAAAAAUUACCUACUCUAAUGGUAAUUUUGAAUGAGACAAUUGGAAUUAAAAUUGUUUAUCUUUUAAUGAAAUUGAGGAUAUUGUGAAACUGAUACGAUGAUUACAUAUUUAGUUUUAGCAACAAACUGUAACUUUGGCUGGAAAUUAGUGACAAUGUCCGAGACCCAUCUAUUUAUAUAUCUAUUCUGUGUAUUAGUUUUAAUAGAUGAACCGAAACUGAAAAGUUUAAGUAUCAGACUUCUACCGGUUGAAUAUUUGAACAAUAAUUUAACAUGAAGCGAAAUUAUUAAUUAUUUCGAUGAUAUUAUUUUAUUAUCUUAAAAAUAUUGUACAAUCAAAUUCUCAAUCAUUGUAACUGUAGUAAUAACUUAUAUUCGAGUAGCAGUUUCUUGAAUGUUUAUUUUUGCGAAGACUGCGUACCUAUCUCUUUAUUUUGUGAUACUGUUAUUAAAAUUUUCAUAUCGAAAA